GAAGAACACAAACACCGCGGAGAGGUUCACAGGGGCAAGAGAAACGCGGGGAAAGUGACAUUUUAAUAUUUUCGUGCGAUGAAUAUGCAUUUUACUUGAUGAAUUUGAUCCUACACGAGCAACCGAACUAGAUGAAGUGCAAUUAUGAGCGUGCACACAGUAAAAAGGUCUUAUAAGGUUUACUUUACGCAUGCUUUAUGAAACAACAGCGUUGAAUUAUUUGAUACUUAGACAGAAAUUGGAAAGUUGAAACAUGGGAUCCAAGUUGACUAGGCAAAGUAGUUUAGACAGCCAGGCGACGGUCGUUCGUGGGCAUCGGCAGCAUCAUGAACGGGAUGUGGAGAAGAAAAGUGGAGGAAGAGGAGAGUUUUUGUUCAGUUCUCUGAUGCUGAAGUCCGACAAGCUCCCCGGAAUGCUGCGCAAAUCCAGUCCCAGCCCUUACGUCCGGAGAGUGGCUUGGGUUCGGGAGAUCCACACCCUGCUGAAGGAGCAGAAGGGGGAACAAGCCAUCGAUGUGUUGAAACUGCUUAGAAAGGACCUGGGUCUUGAAGGAACAUCUCUCAAUGACAUCCUCUACAAGAACGCUGCCUUCCUCAACCUAGUGGAUCCAAUUUCCCAUGAGCUUUUGCUCAAUUUGGCCCGAGACAUGCAGUGUCCAAAGAGGGAGUCUGAUGCUCUCAAGUCCACUGAGAAGAUCUGCAGGCAGCUGAUCUAUCACCUGACCCCUCACUCCAAGUGGAGCCGACAGAACGUGCCCAGGAGGAAGUCUCAAGCCUGUCUUAAAACUACACUGAAAAAGAAAUUAGCAAAUGAUACCGUGGAUCUGUCUGGUAUCCCACUUUCUGGGCGUGAUUUGCAUCGUGUGGCAUACUACCUUCAGAACAAUGGUUCAUCUGUGACAGCAGUGGACAUCAGCUUCACAGAGCUCCAGGAUGAGAGCUUGCGACUUCUAUUACCAUUUUUAGGAGUGCUACCCAAACUCACCACACUUGCCAUCAACGGUAACCGACUGACUGUAGCUAUCCUUAAAGACCUGAUAGAGGUGGUUAAGGACCCCAAAAAGUUUCCCAAUUUGGCCUGGGUGGAUCUGGGCAACAAUGUGGACAUUUUUACAGUGCCUCAGCCAUUGCUGGUCGCACUACGCAGACGCUUUGGAAUGAGAAGCAGCCUGCCUACCAUCUACGAAUACAGCGAGGGCCAUGGCAGCAGCAGCUGCCUAGAGACUUCUAUUGAGGAAAUCAGUGUGUUUGAGGAAGAGGAGGAUGAAAUUGAAGACCAUCUGAUGCUGGAGCCCUGGAGUGUAGAAGAGAAAAAUACACUACAUUUCUGUGAGAGGUGAUGGACCCUGGUUCCUUGUGGUUUGUUGUAUUGUUCUUUUGUUGUUCUUAUACCCUAAAUUACAAUGUAUCAACAUUGUAAAAGCAUGAAGCGCCCCUUCAACACAAACCCAAACUUGAGUGUCAUGAGACAUAAAGUUGUUGCAUGGAGGUGGGAUUUUUAAAGUAUUGAAAGGGGAAGGAGUAUCAGGACACGUUCCACACUCCCACCAUCUUUAUUCUUAGUCCAGUUGCUGCAGAAAGAACCAGCCAAUUGUUUGCCAUGUUACAGUAAACUUAAAUUUAGGGUCAAACACUGACUGACCACAUACUGUAUAACAAAUUUGGAACACGUAAACCCAUUACCACAAGCCAGUCUUUGCCACCCACAUCAGCAGCCGAUGUGAAUAUUUUAAGUUUAAGUUUUUUUAAGACAGAUACAGUCAAAUGCUCCCCUCUGAGAAGGCUUUUGUCCAGGGUACAUUCGCCUCAAUUAGAAGAGAGCGAGGAGAGGCGAGAGAAGAGAAGAGAGAAAAGGGGCUGCUGUAGUGCCUGCGGGCUAGAAGAGAGACUAAUGUCUGUGUUUGAGUCUGUGUGUGUGUGUGAUGUUGUUCCGAUGCAAAUGUAGCUUUAGCCAGAGCUCAUUAAACAGGACACAGGCAGCCGAAAGACUAACAAUGCGACAUGAACGACGUGAUUAUUUUUUUUUUUAAAUCGCAUCCAGUUAGCUGUGAGAGGUAACAUUACACGACGCGUAAACACCUGGCAGCGUCACAUCAGCACAAGAACCAUGUUUGUAUGGUCACAGUGGAAUUGAUUUCAGUGUUUUAUAAAAGAAAUAUGUCAAUAUUUUGUAUUUUUUAAACAAAUUUGAUGUAACAAGAGUUAAUUUAUUAAUUAUUAAUGCUGUGUGUGUGCGAACGCAUGAGUGUUUGACAGUAAACGCGACCUUUUGAGUUGUUUUAUGAUGCCCUUUGCUCCACAGGAGGUGUUUCCUUUACAGACGCGUGUCUGAUUUGCACUUUACAUGGCGGGCUUUUCUAGUUGGCUGGCCAUCUCCAGACGUUUUCGUUGUUUUUUUGUAAUGUUUAUGACUCCAACGUCUGUACUUUAAUUGUAGUUCAAUGUUCAGCUCUAGUAUAAAUCUCACAAACGGUGUGAUUCUAAUGGCUUUGAGCACCUGGAUGUUCUUUCUGUUUUAUGAUUAACACUAAUGAAUGAUUGUUCUUGCUAUGUGAAAUAAACACUGUGUGUAAAAAAAUGGA